UAUACCCGGAAGCGCAAGCGUCAUCUAUCUAACUUGUUCCCUCGGAAACCUCGGCAUUCUACUAUUCGUCCCGCUUUUACAGAUUAAUGUCGCCAAUGUUUGCUUUGUUCGGAAAAGGACAUUGGUGUGAACGGUGAGAGCCGAUUCAACAUUUAUAAAGAAAAACAGGAUGGAGCACCAUGCAGUAGAAGGAAAUGAGCCACUUUGGAAUAUACCAGGGCAAGGUAUUGGCAAUACAAUUAAAACAGAUCAAGCAGGAAGUGACAAUAAUCUAAUUUGUACUAUACCAGAGGAGGCUACUAGCAAUCCAGUUAAGACAGAUGAAGCAAGAAGUGAUGCACAACUAGUUAUUUCUAAUGCUGAUGAAGGGAUGAAAAUUUCUGUUUCUGUCUCAAAUGAAGAGGCUAGACCAGAGCUCUUGAGAAUCCCUUUGGUUGAACCAUCAAUUAGAUGCCUGAAGAAGCAGCUUCUUGUUCUUGACAUAAAUGGGCUGCUUGCUGACGUGGUUUUACCCCGACCAAUUGGCCACAAACCAGAUGAAAUUAUUGCUGGGCGUGCAAUAUUUAAGAGACCAUUCUAUCUGGAGUUUCUGAACUUUUGCUUUGAGAAUUUUGAAGUUGCCGUAUGGUCUUCAAGAAUGAAGAAAAAUGUUGAUAAAGUCAUCAACUGUUUGAUCAGUGACAUGAGACAUAAGCUACUUUUCUGUUGGGAUCAUUCUCAUUGUACUCCUACAAGUUUUGCAACUCUUGAAAACAAGCACAAGCCUCUGGUUUUUAAGGAUCUGAGGAAAAUUUGGGAGAAGCAUGAUCCUGAUCUUCCGUGGGAGAAGGGAUACUACAAUGAAUCGAAUACAUUGCUCUUGGAUGAUUCUCCUUACAAAGCAUUGCUGAAUCCUCCACACACAUCCAUCUUCCCUUACCCAUACACGUAUCAGAAGAAGGGUGACAAUUCAUUAGGUGUUGGAGGUGAUCUGCGAGUAUAUUUGGAAGGACUAGUGAAGGCUGAAAAUAUGGCAGGGUACAUUGAGCAAAACCCUUAUGGUCAAGAACGUAUCACUGAAAGAAGUCCUUCUUGGAGCUUCUACUUUCAGGUUAUGGGUAGUGUUUCUACCAGUGAACUUGAGAAGAUGAGCCUAUCAACUGAUAGCUGAGUUAGCCAGAGCAGUGUCAUUCAGAAGAGAUAUUGAAAGAUAUAGAGCUUUUUGUUUUGAUCCAUCAACCGUUUCACACAUGUUAACCUUUUCGUCAUUCGAAUUUUCUUCAAGAUGUCAAGUAUAUGUUACUUGCGAGCAAAGCUGUAUCAAGCAUUUUGGCUGUUAAAAUCUGUCAUUGAACUUGAAUUAAGUUGUACGAAAAGUAUCACGGUAUCAUGAUUUAUUGUGUUACUUGCUAUCUUGAUAUUUGUAGUAUAUUCAUGUUUUGUCA